AGGUCGCGUCACGUAAAAAGAACGCUAGCGGUCAAGCUGCGCAUAGGCGAUUUAUCGGUCUAUUUGGAGGUAUGAGGCGGGGCGGGAGGCGCGGGAGCCACGCGCUGCAUGUUUGCCGGUAAGCUAUUGGUUCAUCAGUUGAGCUUUGCUUCCCGCGCAGUAUCCACGUUACGUUCCUUUUAAAAUACCAUCGCGCACAAAAGUUUUAAAUUACGAAAUGGUUUUACAUAGAGAAGUGAGAAAAAUGAUUUAUGACGUAUAUUGUUUUAUGAAGAGGGAAGCAGAUAAUAAUGCAGUUAAUAAUUUAAAACAAUGUAUGAAACGGACCGCAGAGGCAACAAAAUGUUCCGAGUCGACAGUGAGACGAAUAGUAAAGGGUUCAAAAGAUUCGGAAUUGCUUACUGUUUUCCGAACUCCCGGCAAAAAUAAAAGAAAAAAAACAAAACCAAUAACAGAUAUUGAUAGCUUUGACCAGGGUAUUGUAAAAAGAAUCAUCCAUAAUUUUCACGUUACUGAAAAAGAAUUGCCUACCAUAGGCAAGUUGCAAAGGAAGUUACAGGAUGACAUACAUUUCCAAGGAUCGGCAGCAAGUCUAAGGCGAGUAUUGAAAAACUUGGGUUUUAAAUGGAAAAAAACGGAAACCAAUAGAAAAAUUUUAAUUGAGCAGUCACAAAUUCGAUUUCAAAGAAUUGAAUAUCUGAGAAAGAUUAAAAAAUAUAGAGAGGAAGGAAGACCUAUCAUUUACACUGACGAAUCAUAUGUCGAUAGUUCCCAUGCGUCUCACCAUGCUUGGACAGACGGUUCCACCAAGGGCAUUAAAAAACCUGUAUCUAAAGGUAGCCGCUUAGUCAUAGUGCAUGCGGGUGGCGAUGCAGGUUUUGUGCCGAAUGCUUUACUGACGUUUAAAGCCGGUACAAAAAGCGGCGACUACCACGACAACAUGAAUUCUGAGAAUUAUGAGCGAUGGCUCCGUACUCAACUGAUACCAAAUUUACCGCCUAAUUCAGUUGUGGUAGUCGAUAAUGCAUCGUACCACAACAAACAACUUGAUGCAGCACCAACUUCCAAUUCAAAGUUGUACAACUUGAUAAAAAAAUACAAAGAUAGAUUUAAGAAGUUCAAUAUCGAUGCUAUUUUGAACGAAGCAGGACAUUCUGUACUACGUUUGCCCCCAUAUCACCCGGACCUGAAUCCUAUUGAAAUGGCCUGGUCCCAAAUAAAAGGUUAUGUUGCCUGCAAAAAUGUAACUUGGAACCUGACACAUAUAACUGAGUUGGUUCAUGAAAAAGUAAAUUUAAUGGGAGCAGCAGAAUGGGGGAAGCUAUGCACGAAGGUAAAAGAAAUAGAGGCUGAUUAUUGUAAAAGCGAUCAUGUGGUGGACAUGAUGACAGAAACAUUUGUUAUCCACAUAGGGGAUCAUGAUUCUGACUCAGAUGAGGAUGGAAGCUCGAGUGACGAUAGCGAUGACGAUGAAAUGGCCAGUUCUAGCACCAACACCACGUCCUCAUCUGGUUUUCACGUUACGCAUGAUGACUUAAUGGAAGGAGUUUCAACAUUACUUUAAUUUUAUUUCGAUUAAACAUUCUAUAAUAUAUAAUUUAAACAUGUUUUUAAUUCAUUUUAUUGAUAUUUUUCGAAUAUAUUUUUCAAUGUUAUUACAUUGAAAAAUAUAUUGAAAGAUAUAUUCAUUUAUAAGAAUAACAAAUAUGUAGGUACGAAGCCACGAUUUGCGAGCGAAAGCCUAGUUCAAAAAGAAAAUAAAAGGCAUAUGACUUUCGUACGAGACUGUACCCAUGCGCAAACACACCCCCGCCACUUUUUUCCAGCGUUCUUUUUACGUGACGCGUA